GACCCAGUCCUUAAUGGGUUAAUAUGUCUUACAAUGGGAAAAAAAUAAAAAAUAUGAAAAUGUGGAUUUUACUACAAAAUAAAGACAAAGCCAAUUUGAAUAAAUCAGUACUAAGUCUUUUAUCAUCUUCUCAAUGAGAUGCACUGUUCCAGCACAACCAUAUAUACAGCAUCAUACAUGGAAGACAGUAACCAAACAAUGGUGACCUUCUUCAUUAUUAAGGGAAUUUCCAGUCUUCCAAAGUUGCAGUUUCUGAUUUUCCUUCUGGUUCUUCUAAUUUAUCUCUUCACUCUUGGGGGAAACAUGACCAUUCUUUUGCUGGUCUGCAUAGACCCUCACCUUCACACUCCUAUGUACUUCUUCUUGGCUAACUUGUCCAUCUUGGACAUUUCUUCCAGCACCAUCAGUCUACAUAAGAUCCUGGAAGCCAAUAUAACAGGAAAUAACUAUGUUUCUUUCCUUUGUUGCAUAAUACAGUUCUACAUAUUUUCUUGCUUGGCUUGCAAUCAGUUGUUGAUCUUGACGGCCAUGAGUUACGAUCGUUACGUUGCCAUUUGCAGACCUUUACAAUACCCUAUCAUCAUGAACUCUAAAGUGUGUGGUCUAUUAGCCAUGGCCUGUUGGGUUACUUCCUUCAUAGAAGUAAUACCAUACGUUGCAUUGUUAUCCACAUUCACAUGUUAUAAAUCCAACAUCAUCAAUCACUUCUUCUGUGAUCUUGUGCCUCUUCUAAGUCUUUCCUGCAGUGACACCUCCACCUUGAAGCUCCUGAGCCUUAUUGAAGGACUGUUACUUUUAACCCUUGCACCUUUUGUUCUUACCUUUACUCCAUAUGUGUUCAUCAUAUCCUCCAUUCUGAGGAUCCGCUCUAACAUUGGGAGACGUAAAGCCUUCUACACAUGUUCCUCCCACCUUACUGUCGUUAUCCUUCUCUAUGUGACCCUGGUUUGUCAAUACCUUAGACCGACCACAGCAGACUCUUUAGAGUCCAAUAAGUUGUUCUCUCUCUUUAACACAGCUGCUGUCCCCAUGCUUAACCCACUGAUCUACAGCUUAAAAAACAGAGAUGUGAAAUCAUCAUUAAGAAGGAGACUAAAACUAGCAAAAUAUCAGUGAUAAAUGAAUUAUUUUUAUAAUUUUUUAACUGAAACUAUUACUAGAUUGUAGUUGCACUGUGAAAGAUAAAUAUCAAGGCCUGCCUGAAAAUGCAGAAUUUUGAUGCUCCCAAUGUGACAUCUUCUCUAAUGAUUGUCAAUUGAGUCACAAUACAACCUGCAACUU